AUUGGAGACAGAUCGGCCUGGGGUCGAGGCUAAGCUUGAAUAUGCAAAUUUGUUCUAAGCGAGGUUCUAAGGUAUAAUAAACACCUGUACCAAGCUGCAAGAUCAAGAAGGAAGGAAGCUUUUCAGUUUUUCAGAUACUCAACGAAGCAUGGCAGGUCAUGACGAAAGUAAAAUGAAGCUAGAAACAAAAAGGCAUUAUUUGGUUGGUCCAUAUGAGGCCCUGAAGAAAGGAAUAUUUAUCACUGCGUCGUGUCUCAUCAUCUUCAUCGCUCUGAGGAACUCUUUGAUAUGGCAUGUGGAACAGUGUUGGGGUGCUUCUAAGAACUUUUGGUCGAGUAUUUGGGCUGUUUUCUACUGGCUCUCUGGAGAAAACUUCUUUAAUAUGUACAUCUAUGGAGUGUGGUUGUUGGGAAUUUUUACGUUUACAAUAGGCAACAUAUUUUUCUUGGUUCUGGAUCUUACUGGCAAACCCUCAGUCUUUCUCAGAUACAAGAUUCAAGAGGACAAAGGAGUGCCUGUGUCUUGGAUGAAAUACAAGAAGGCUCUCUGGCGAUGUGCGUUCAACAUCGUUGUGGUUGUGCUCCUCUUUCAGUUGGUCAUGUACCCCCUUGCUGUAUUGGGGAGAAUGCAUGCUGGCUACGAACUACCAACAUUUGCAACCACCGUGCUGCAUUUCACUGGCUAUAUGGUGAUUGAGGAAAUUGGAUUCUAUUACACACACAGGCUUUUCCACCACCCUUGGCUGUACAAGUACAUCCACAAGACCCACCACGAAUGGACUGCCCCUACUGGCAUUACAUCAGUAUAUUCUCACCCACUGGAGCACUUUGUAGGCAACUUGGGACCAAUGGGGCUUGGACCAAUCAUUAUGGGCUCUCACGUGUCCAUUGCUUGCUUAUGGAUAAUUAUUGCUGUUGUGAACACUACCAUUUCUCACAGUGGCUAUCAUCUCCCAUUUCUCCCAUCUUCUGAAGCUCAUGAUUUCCAUCACCUCAAGUUUAACCAAAACUAUGGCGUGUUUGGUGUUUUGGAUCGUUUGCAUGGAACAGAUGAGCAGUUCCGUCAAAGCAAGAACUAUGAACGCCAUAUCGUUCUCCUGGGCCUGAAUCCAGCAAAGCAGCUUUUUCCUAACACUCAAAAAAGAAAUGCUGACUAACAUUUUUAACACGGACCUACAUUUAGUGUAUCAGUUAUUCAUUAGUGAUUAUAGUGCACUGUUUAAUAUCUAUACCCAUG